AACCCCGGCAUCAUUACUCCCAUCCCAGAGUUGCAGGAAACGGAAGAGCGGAAGAGCGAAAGAGAAGUGAUCAAGUCUCUCACAACCCAAGCCCAAUUCCAAGAGGAUCUGAGGAGGGGAAGGAAAGGCGAUCCUUUUCCCAGGUGAUUUGAAGUUGGAGUUCCCGGUUGAGCUUAAUAUAUAAUGGGAUUCCCGGUUGGCUACUCAGAGCUGCUCCUCCCCAAGCUCCUCCUCCACACGGUCUUCCUCCUCGGCUUCGUCCGACGCGUCAUCUCCUGGGUCUUCACCGCCGUCGGCCUCGGCGACCUCCUCGACUCCGACAUCCCCUGGGUUGACCCCCCUGCCCCCCACGGCCACGGCCAGCACCACCGCCCGGAAUUCCGGUCGGCGUCGGCGAUGCUGAUCCAGGAGGUCCUCCCCGUGGUCCGGUACGAGGAGCUGGCGGGGGAAGGGCAGCACCUGGGGGACAGCUGCGCGGUGUGCCUCUACGAAUUCGAGGCGGCGGAGGAGGUGCGGCGGCUGGCCAACUGCCGCCACAUCUUCCACCGCGGCUGCCUUGACCGCUGGAUGGAGCAUGACCAGCGGACUUGCCCGCUCUGCCGCACGCCGCUCAUCCCGGAGGAGAUGCAAGACUCCCUCAGCGACCGCCUUUGGGCCGCCGCCGGCGUCCCGGACUCCUUCUACGACUACUACUAUUCCUCCUUCCCUUCUCCUCCUCCGACGCCGACGCUGCUCGUUCACCACCAGCUUCAGCUUCUUUCCACUAGUAUAUAAAUGGCAUACGAGAAGGAAUCUGGAGCGGCCAAUUGUACAUAGCACGCUCGCGGAAACCAGAAUCCCUCCACCACAGCAACAGCAGCAGCAGCAGCAACAACAACAAAAAUAAACAGAUAGAAGAUCGAGAAGGAAAGAGAGGUGGUCGGAAAUUACGUGUGUGUUCUUUGGAAUUUGGAUUUCUGAACGCUAGAAUUGGAAUUCGAUAUGUAGCAUGCAAAGGGUUUGUUAUUGUUUUAGUCGUAAUUUCUGAGGGCCAAGAUCGCCACAGAUAGUAAUGAUAGCAAGGGGUGUCAAAAGAACCUCAAGAGAGAAUAAUUUUUCCGACGAGUGUUUCGAGGAAUUGAGCACGGUGAUUCAGCGGGGAUAUGGGGGUAAACAGGGAGGCAGACAAAGCAAGAGGGGGACUUUUCUUUGUGCUUCGGCCUCCAAACAAAAUUUGCGUCUUGACGGAAAAAGAAUUGACAUAGAGUUUUCGCUUUUUAGAUCGAAGGCUGGAACAGCCUCAAUUUCUCUCUCACUCACCAUGAAAGCUAAGAGCUUGCUCGAAGACAGCCCAACUAAAAGAUGUCGACCUCUUUUUGUUGAAUUGAUUCAGGCGCUUACUUAAAGAUAGACUCUAAAAGUCGCAAGAUCAUGCCGAGAAAGUCGAAAAGCCACAGGCUGUUCUCCCACCAGAGAAGUUCAUCUAGAGAAAGAGUAGGGAGGAACAAGCUGUCGAUAUUUGUUUAUCUUCCUCUAUCUAUAAAAAAUUAUUAUUUUUUCCAUUGCUGAAUGAUUUUUUAAUUCCAAAAGCAAACAAGUUGAAGUA